CGUCCAACUUCCAAAGCAUUUUUGAACAGACGCUUUUCUAGCAUUCACUUCUGAGAACCCAAACAGUAGGCCCCAAUCACCUCUGUAUAAAUAUCGGCAUUUCUCCGCUCCCCAAACCCCAUAGCACCCUCAAAACAAACAAAGCCGCAUAAGCACAGCCAGGGUUUCUGUACCCUUGCAAUCAAUCCCAUUUAAACAAUAUCCAUUCAUCCAUCCCUUCCUUUUCUUUUCUUUUUUCCCGUAACUUCUUUUAUCCAGAAAUUAAGAUAGCUAACCUUUAGCUAUGUAUAACUCAAAGCCAUCUUCUCCUAUGUCCUCAUUUCCGAUCCCUUCUGGCAAAACCCCUUUAAAAAAAACUGUGGAUUUUUCCAAUGAUGAUGAAGAACAACUACAUAGAUUGCCAACUCCCUCUGAGGCCCUGGAAGAAAUCAAAGCCAUAGGGAAGAUCUCAGGCCCGACAGCGAUCAGUAGUUUACUCCUAUAUACAAGAGCCAUGAUCUCCAUGCUCUUUCUUGGCUAUCUUGGACAACUUGAGCUUGCUGGUGGCUCUCUUGCCAUUGGUGUGGCAAACAUUACUGGCUACUCUGUACUCUCUGGUUUAGCCAUGGGAAUGGAACCUAUUUGUGGACAAGCUUAUGGUGCCAAACAAGGGAAACUUCUUGGUUUAACCCUACAAAGAACGGUGCUUCUCCUCCUCUCCGCUUCUAUCCCUAUCUCUUUCAUGUGGGUCAACAUGAAAGCGAUCCUUCUUUGGUGUGGUCAAGACCAGGAAAUAUCAUCCGUGGCUCAUACAUUUAUUAUUUUCUCCAUUCCUGACCUAUUUUUCCUUUCACUUCUUCACCCACUCCGUAUCUACCUCAGGACUCAAAGCAUUACACUACCCGUAACUUGCUGUUCGGCCAUCUCUGUGCUUCUACACGUCCCAUUGAAUUUGCUUCUUGUUACCCAUUUCAAGCUUGGUGUAGCAGGGGUGGCUAUAGCUAUGGUUUGGACUAAUCUCAACGUCUUCGUCUUGCUCUCUUCAUUUGUCUACCUCUCCGGUGUAUAUAAAGAUUCUUGGGUAACUCCAAGCACUGACUGUCUAAGGGGAUGGUCCUCUCUGCUUGCUCUUGCUGUGCCAACUUGCGCCUCAGUUUGCCUUGAAUGGUGGUGGUAUGAAUUCAUGAUAUUGAUGUCUGGCUUACUUGUUAACCCCAAGGCUACAAUUGCUUCCAUGGGGAUCCUUAUUCAGACAACCUCUCUAGUCUAUUGCUUCCCCUCGGCUUUAAGUGUUGGAGUAUCCACAAGAGUUGGGAACGAACUUGGCGCAAACAGGCCAGGAAAAGCUCGCAUUUCCAUGAUCGUUUCUCUCUUUUGUGCCGUAGCUAUAGGGCUGUCUGCGAUGUUGUUCACAACCUCGAUGAGACACCAAUGGGGCAAGUUUUUCACCAGUGAUGCUGAAAUCCUUGAGCUUACAGCAGUUGCAUUGCCAAUUGCUGGGCUUUGUGAGCUUGGAAAUUGUCCUCAAACAACUGGAUGUGGGGUUUUAAGAGGUAGCGCCAGGCCAACCAUUGGAGCAAACAUAAACUUGGGGUCAUUUUACCUGGUGGGGAUGCCGGUAGCAAUCCUGAUGGGGUUCGUGAUCAAAAUGGGGUUUGCCGGGCUCUGGCUUGGCUUGCUUGCAGCUCAAGCUUCCUGUGUAUUCCUCAUGCUAUUAGUUCUUUGUAGAACAGAUUGGAUGGUUCAGGUAGAGAGAGCAAGAGUGCUUACACAAACAAGUUGUAGUAGUGGUAAUAAACCAGCUCCUCCAUUGCCCAUUUCAACAAAACAAGAAGAGCACUCCAAUCCUAAGCCCAAGGAAACUAACAACAACAACAACAGGAGGGCUGAUCUUGAAGCAGGGAUAGUGUGCAUUAAUGAUGAACUUGUGAAGUAUACUUCACUUGAAACAGACCCUCUCCUCUCUAACUCACACGCUGAUGAGCAUUAAUUCAGCUCAGUAAUUACCCCCCAUUUUUUCCCCCUACCUCAUAAAACGGUUUAAU